AAAAAAUAUGUGCCUUCUGUCAUUGAGGGUUGCAGACAGUGCUGACCGGCUGGAGAACUCAGGUGCAGUGACAAGAAACGUCAGAGCAUGAGUUCUAAGUCAAAAUCCAUAGGGGUCAUCGGAGCUCCUUUCUCAAAGGGACAGCCACGAGGAGGAGUGGAAGAAGGCCCUAAAGUACUGAGAAAGGCUGGCCUGCUUGAGAAGCUUAAAGACCAAGAAUGUGAUGUAAAAGAUUACGGGGACCUGCCCUUUGCUGAUGUCCCUAAUGACGGUCCGUUUCAAAUUGUGAAGAAUCCGAGGACUGUGGGAAAAGCGAACGAGCAGCUGGCUGGUGUGGUGGCAGAAGUCAAGAAGAGUGGAAGGACCAGCGUGGUGCUGGGUGGAGACCACAGUUUGGCGAUUGGAAGCAUCUCUGGCCAUGCCAGGAUCCACCCGGAUCUCUGCGUCAUUUGGGUGGAUGCUCACACCGACAUCAACACUCCGCAGACAACCUCAAGUGGGAACUUGCAUGGACAGCCUGUGUCCUUCCUCCUGAAGGAACUACAGGGAAAGAUCCCCGAUGUACCAGGAUUCUCCUGGGUGACGCCCUGCAUAACUGCCAAAGAUAUUGUGUAUAUUGGCCUGAGAGACGUGGACCCUGGGGAACACUAUCUUUUGAAAACUCUGGGUAUUAAAUACUUUUCAAUGAGUGAAGUGGACAAGCUGGGAAUUGGCAAGGUGAUGGAAGAAACACUCAGCUAUCUAGUAGGAAGAAAGAAAAGGCCGAUUCAUCUGAGCUUUGAUGUUGAUGGACUGGACCCAUCCGUCACACCAGCUACUGGCACACCAGUCAUCGGAGGUCUGACUUACAGAGAAGGUCUCUACAUCACAGAAGAAAUUUUCAAAACAAGGCUACUGUCAGGAUUAGACAUAAUGGAAGUGAAUCCAUGUCUGGGGAAGACACCAGAAGAAGUACUGCGAACAGUCAACACAGCAGUGGCAAUAACCUUGGCUUGUUUUGGAGUUGCUCGAGAGGGUAAUCACAAGCCUAUUGACUACCUGAACCCAUCUAAGUAAAUGUGGAAACGUUAUAUGAAAAUCUCACAGCUACUAACAUAAUUACCAAACCUAAUAGUUUACUUAAGCUCAUUGUUUAUCCUCUUACAGAUUUGGUGUUUCAGAAAACAUUUUACCUGAGGAAAUAUUAGUACAAUUAGUAUAAACUGUAUCAGUUCCCUCUUGGUGUGAAAGAUUUGGAAAUUCAAAUUUUUGUAAACUUAAAAACCUUAUAUUUCCCAUUUUGGCAAAAGACUCACCCUUAGAAACAGAAGUGUAUAUUAAUUUCCGAAUAUAAAUUUGCUGGCAUUAAAAAUAAACACACU